UACUUGAUACAGAAAUAAUAGUUUAAAACCAGGGAGAGCUGCUGCAGUCUCUGCUUCAAAGACUGACAAGAGGGUUUUAUAUCAGUUAAUUCCUGUCUUCAGCACUCGAGGCCAAAUUUUACAAGAAAAAGGGAUACCAGAUCUGAAAGCCUAGAAAUUCCAAUCAAUGUGGUCCUACCUCAGAGUCACCCAAGUGCUCAUUAGAAGAUCAGGGUCAUGCAGCCAGCGGAGGUGAAAUGUAGGAUGGAGGGACCCAAGGCACAGAGGGGCACCACUGAGCCUUUCCUGAGGCUCCACAACCUGUACAGCACUCCUCGCUGCUCCAGGCAGGCUGCCUUGCCCCGGAUGAGCCGCAGGGUAGCCAGCCAGCAUUCCUACCCACUCAACCGCUUCUCUUCUGUGCCCUUCGACCCCAUGGAGCGCCCCACCUCCCAGGCUGACCUGGAACUGGACUACAACCCUCCCCGGGUGCAGCUCAGCGACGAGAUGUUCGUCUUCCAGGACGGGCGGUGGGUGAAUGAGAACUGCCGCCUGCAGUCUCCUUACUUCUCGCCCUCGUCCUCCUUCCACCAUAAACUGCACCACAAGAGGCUGGCCAGGGAGCACCUGCUGCAGGAGGAGAACAAGACUCUCCGGGAUGAGAACCGGGCCCUGCGGGAUGAGAACAGGGCCCUCCGCAAGGAGAACAAGAUGCUGCAGGUCUUUUGGGAAGACCACAAGGUCACCCUGGGCCACGAGGAGAGUCAGCCCCCCUCGCCGUUGCUGCACAAGGACACAGCCUCCCAGGAAGUCGUGAAGAAAGACAACGCCAACUUGCCUGUCCAGCGGAGCAAGGAGAACACCUUACACCUCAUUCGAGAGGAGAACCGGGCCCUCCAGCAGUUGCUGGAGCAGAGGCAGGCCUACUGGGCCCAGGCAGAAGACAGUGGCGCUUCCGCCGAGGAGGGUAAGCCCACCUCCUCACCCAAGGAGGAGCCCCAUAACCCUGGGCUCCUCCCAGACCAGAGCCCAGGCCUCUCCUCCCCAUUUGAGGAGCCCAAAGGGCCCCCCACCACACAGGAGGACUCCAAGACCCUGCGCGCCCUGAGGGAGAUGGUUAACAACUUGUCUGGGCCAUCUGGGGAAGAUGAGGGUCAGGUCGGCCCCAACCUAGCUGACAGCGCUCAGCUUUUGCAGCUGCUGAGGGAGAUGAACCAGGCGCUGCAGGCCCUGCGGGAGGAGAACCGGUUGCUGCAGGAGGAGAACCGGGCUCUGCACGUCCUCCGUGACGUGCACCGCAUCUUCCAGGAGGAGAACAAGGCCCUGUGGGAGAACAACAAGCUGAAGCUGCAGCAGUGCAUGGUCAUCGACACGAUGACCGAGGUCACCGCCCGGAUGGAGAUGCUGGUGGAGGAGCUGUGUGCCUCGGCCUCGGCCAAGAACAACAAAGAUCCCAAGAAGCCCAGCAGGGUCUGAGGCCUUGGCAGCAGACACAGACACCAAGAUCAAGCACGGCACACGAGGCCAGAGAGAACCCUCUGCCUUCCUCUGUCUUCCUCACCUUCGCCGCCCCCCGCCCAGUGCAUGCCUGUAGACCAGCAGAGAAAGGACCAUCCUACACCCAGAGACACAAUAAAGGCAGAGGAGGCUGGGGCCAGCCAACACCA